UAGGCUGGUGCGUGCAUGAGGCGCAGCUAGAGGACAAUCGCCUCCGUCCGCGGUCGAAGGAAGAUCUAAGAAGCGAGGCCCAAGCUUUUUCGUUAACGUUGUUUUGUCCGCCAGUUUUUGUCGUUGAUGAAAUCGGCAACCAUGAAGUUACUUUUGGCCGUCAGUGCCGUACUAUUAGGCUUUUGGAGUGUCAGUGCCUCGACAGGGCCAAACAUCAUAGCCAGCCCCAUUGAGGUGGUGAACAAGACCUCCGCUGUGCUGACCUGUAACCUGACCGGUGCAGCCAAGCCCAUCAAAGGCUCCUACUGGACUCUGGAUGGGAAAGUUAUUGAAGACUCCAAAUCCGACAGCAGCAGCCCAUAUACAAGUCUCCAUUUGGAGAAGAUCACACACCACAAAGGAGGGAAGUAUGAGUGCGUCUUUGACAUGGAACAGCCUGUUCAGAAGACCAUUGAAGUCAAAACUGAGCCACACGUCUCUGCGUAUAAGCACUCAGAGCACGGUAAUGAGAACGACAAAGCUGUGCUGACCUGUGUGAGCCACAGCUACCCUCUGCCCACCACCUGGACUUGGUUCAAAGAGCAGGACGAAGCCCAAGAGCCUAUUGUUAAUGGCACCUCUGACAAAUAUGAGAUCAAAAGCAGUCCUGAGAAGACCCUGCUGACCAUCAACAACCUGAACAUGGAGACAGAUGUGGGCGACUACAUCUGCUCUGGCUCCAAUGACUUGGGCGACAGUCAGGACCGCAUCCACCUGCGUGUGCGCAGCCGUCUGGCCGCACUCUGGCCCUUCCUUGGCAUCGUGGCUGAGGUCAUCAUCCUGGUCACAAUCAUUUUCAUCUACGAGAAGAAGAGAAAGCCCGAUGAGAUCAAUGACGGUACAUAUCCUCACAGCCACUGACCAUUUUUGUGUAAUAAUGGGAGCUAUGGUAGGAACUGUAACCACUGUGCUACCCAUAUAUAUGACAUUAGUUAAAAAUACAAUUAAGGCCUGACUGAUAUCGGUUGACAACAGUAUCGGCUGAUAUGGGGACCUGGAAAUAUAUCAGCAAUUGGCCAAAAUCUUGCCAAUAUGGGCCGAUAUUUCAUGUGGGCAUGUUAUACCUCAUUAUAAAGCUUAGACUCUGUCAUGUUCAUUUAAUCACAUUUACAGACUAAUAAAUGUCCUAAUAUGUGGCUCUGCAUCAGUAUUUAUCUGCAGAGUCAUUUGUCUUUGUGUGUGGCCGUACUGUCCCUGAACACACCCCCAGAGUCACGUCACUCACGUGCACUUGUUUACACCCACAGCCAUAGAUCCAUGUGCGCAACACUUAAAUAAUAUUUUUACGGACAAUCGGUUUGAGUCAGGAUUAAAAGGACAUUUAUUAGU